AUGUCCACCCGCGUCGUCUUGCUGGAACCACAAAAUCCAGUGCCGAAUGCUCUCUCUAAGUCCAACGCCCGCCCUGUUCUGCCCGUACCCGACGCCUGUCUACAUGCCGAAUUGGCGGUUAGUCGAGAUGAUCAUAAUCGGCCCACUUGCACUCCUGCUUUCUCCCAGCCAGUCAGUCUUUGCUACCAUCAACUGGUCCGCUGUAUGGGCAGUUUUCAACUUCAUGCCCUUGCGUCUUCGUCCGCUUCUGCAUCUGCGUCUGCGUAUGUGCAACAAACCUGUGAUCACAAUUACUCCAACCGCCUUGGACCUUGGUGCUCCAUCUUCGCUCUGGGUUUAGAGUUUAUUGUUACUACUCUCGCUUUUCACUACGCUUCAAACUUGUAUCGCCCUUUUAGUAACAUUCUCAUUGCCUUGGCCGUUUUCUUCCUCACCACCUUUAUGCAAACCUGUUUUGCUUCAUUCUCCUGCUCGCUUACCCAGAAAUGCGUGUGGCGGUCCCUUACACCAGAAAAAACUGGCGCAUGGGAUCUUGAAGUCUGCGGAUCUUCAUCUAUUCGAUACUAUGGCGUGUAUCUGAGACUAGGACAAAUUGGUUUGGCCUCGUUUCAACAACCUAGCCGUUUCCAUAGGCCAACUUCGAAGAAGCUCGUAGCUGGCAUAUUUUAUAAAUGCGAUCAUGGCCGCUUGUGGCACCGGAUCGUUGACUGUGUAUAUUAUAAGACGCUUCGUCAGCAUCCUAAUCGGCAAAAGCGGGAUAUAAGGCUAGCCUAUGCACUAGACUACAGGGUGAUACAGAACUAA